AUGUGGAUUCUAGUGUUAGCGUUGUUGUUUAUUGUGCUGUUACUCCUCUUUGGAGUCCUUUACCAAUACCACUAUUACAAGACCUCAAAGCAUGGUCCAGUACUCUUUCAGCAAGGACAUGAUCAUGCACCACUUAUCAUUGUUCACGGUCAGCCAGGAAGUGGUAAAUCCACUCUCAGUCAACAGUUGGCCUCUCAAUUCAAUUUACAUUACAUUGAUAUUGACCAUCAUCGAUAUCAUCCAGCAUCACAAGGCCAUAUUUGGAAAACCAGAGACAUUGAAGACUUUUCCAAUCAACUCCUCAAUGAAAUUGAGAAAAUUCCUCCUCAAUCACAACAACAACAACAAAACAAAGAUCCUGUUUACGCACAAGAAGAAAUGAAAACUGAGAAGAAUGGAUGGAUCAUUGACGGCACAGUCAUGGCCACUCAACCACCUGUUGCUCCUCACGCAUCUUUAGUUCUCUGGUUGGAUUAUUCAGCAAGUGUGGUCAUGUUCCGUCUCUUCAUUCGAACCAUGAAGCGAAUUAUGUUUAAAACUCCAAUUUGCAAUGGAAAUAUUGAAACUUGGUACAAUCAGUUUUGUUCAACUCAAGAUUCCUUGUUGCUUUUUGUGUUGAAACGAUUCUGGAAUUGGAGAGAAUAUGAAUCGAGAGUGGUAAAAUGGAUGAAAAAUAAUCCUCAUCUCACCGUGUAUCGAUUUCAAUCGCCUUAUGAAUGUGAAAUGUUUUUAAAGAACAAUUUAAGCAAAAUUAUUUCCUUAAAAUAA